UUGAGACAGAACCGCGGUGCAAAAGCCUCCAUUGUGGACAUCCACAAGUAGUUUUCGAAUUCUACCGGUUCUGAAAACGUCCUUUAACGUUGAUUUCAUAUUUAGAACCCGAAAUUUUAUUGUAUUUAUAUAUAUUUUUUCAAUAUAUCUCGCCGCGAUUUUAUCGAGUUAAAUUUUCGGCAAUUCGGCAACAUGGUCGCGGAUUGCUGCAUUCAAGGGUGUACGAAGGUUCGAUAUCCGACAGUUGGCGCAAAAAAUACGAAAACUCUUUUUAAAGUGCCGGAUAACUGCAUAAAAGAGCGAGAAAUAUGGAUGAAAAACCUCGAGCCUCACAUGAAAAAACCCCACCGCAAACGUAAAUUCAUUUACGUGUGCGAGGAUCAUUUCGAGGAAAAAUAUCUGCGACGUGACCCACCCGAACCAUCGUUUAUCGAUGGAAAAAUGGAAACGGUACCACGGAAACGUCUUCGUUUGGUAACGGGGAGUCUACCAACGAAAUUUGAGUGCUCCACGGUCACCAGUGAGGAGAAUUCCGGUGAUGAGCAGUUGGUGACCAUCGAGCCUCCAUGGUCCCCAAAAUCCUUUGACGACAUCGAUUCAGACUGUUUGUCUUUGAAAAGUGAGUUAUUGUCGUCAACUCCCGAUCUUGAGGAGCCGUUUUCUUCCGAUGGCGAGGAGACAACCACCGAUAUUCAGCAAAGACUGUCUCCGGAGCAAACGAGUUAUAACAUGGACAAUCUUCUGGAUGAAUGGAUUUCUUUUGGAUCUAUAUACGUCCAGUCUUGGGGUUAUAUUAGGGCGGCUCCAGUGGGGAUCCAGUUUAUGUCUUAUUCAUAUUUGGAGCCCUCCAAGUGGCGUGGGAUUCUCGUGAGGAACGACAUGAGUGUCCAGGCGAUGGCUCAUGGAAACAUCGUGAAAUAUCGCACUCAAAUUAAGCGGGUCACGUGCCUCGACGACCUCAUGUUGACGAUAAAAGAAGUCUCCAGUUUGCACGUGUGCAAAGGCACUCUCGGUCGAGUUUGUCCAGUGGGGCUCUACAUGAAACGGAUCACCAAGAAGUCGCAAAGGUGCAACGAUUGCCUGAAGAUUUAUCGGAACGAGUAUGAGAAAAAGAGACGCAGAGAGAUCCGCGAAGAGAAGAAGAAGAUAAACCAGAGACGGCUGACGAAGAACUUGAGACAGCAACUCGUACGGGCAAACGAAAAAAUUGUUAAGCUGCAGGAUGUUGUGGAGGAUUUAGAGGAAGAGAUUCGGCGAGAGAAGAAGAAACAGUUGAUGCUAUAAAUGGGAAUUUGAUAAAUUGAUGGGUAUAAGCCGACUGAAAUUAAAUCAUUUAAAUGAAA